UUUCGAGGAAAAAAAGGAGGUGGGAAUCACAUGGGCUUGUUGGUGUCUCUCGCCGGGGCCUCCUCCUCCACACAAUGAUCUUCUUCCAUAUCAUCUUCAUCGACUGAGAGCUUACAAGAAUAUUCCGUCUUCUACGUCCGGACAUGGCCGACGAUAGGGAAAUAUCUGGUGCUGUUGUUGAUGGAAAUGAUCCGACGGGGCACAUCAUUUCCACUACGAUUGGAGGAAAAAAUGGAGAACCUAAGCAAACAAUUAGUUACAUGGCAGAGCGUGUUGUGGGGACUGGCUCAUUUGGAAUUGUUUUCCAGGCAAAAUGCUUGGAAACUGGUGAUACUGUGGCUAUAAAGAAGGUUUUGCAGGACAGAAGAUAUAAGAAUCGUGAACUGCAGUUAAUGCGUGUGAUGGAUCAUCCAAAUGUGAUUUCUCUGAAGCAUUGUUUCUUUUCCACAACUAGUAAGAAUGAACUUUUUCUGAACCUUGUUAUGGAAUAUGUCCCGGAGACCAUGUAUCGGGUAUUGAAGCAUUACAGCAGCGCAAAUCAGAGAAUGCCACUCAUCUUUGUGAAACUUUACUUGUACCAGAUUUUUAGGGGGCUGGCUUAUAUACACACGGUUCCUGGAGUUUGCCAUAGGGAUUUGAAGCCUCAAAAUCUUUUGGUUGAUCCUCUCACUCACCAGGUUAAGCUUUGCGAUUUUGGAAGUGCAAAAAUGCUAGUGAAAGGCGAAGCUAACAUAUCAUACAUAUGUUCACGAUUCUACCGAGCUCCCGAACUUAUAUUUGGUGCCACAGAAUAUACAACCUCAAUUGAUAUUUGGUCAGCUGGUUGUGUCCUUGCAGAGCUUCUUCUGGGGCAGCCACUUUUCCCUGGAGAAAAUGCGGUCGACCAGCUAGUAGAAAUUAUCAAGGUUCUUGGUACACCAACUCGUGAAGAAAUUCGUUGCAUGAAUCCAAACUAUACUGAUUUUAGGUUUCCACAGAUAAAAGCACAUCCUUGGCACAAGGUUUUCCAUAAAAGGAUGCCUCCAGAAGCAAUUGAUCUGGCUUCACGACUGCUGCAAUACUCGCCCAGCCUUCGCUGCACAGCACUAGAAGCAUGUGCACACCCUUUCUUCGAUGAACUCCGAGAACCCAAUGCUCGCCUACCAAAUGGUCGCCCAUUGCCACCACUUUUCAACUUUAAACAGGAAUUGUCAGGAGCUUCUCCAGAGCUUGUGAAUAGGUUGAUACCAGAGCAUGUGAAACGCCAAAUGGGUCUAGAUUUUUUGCAUCCAGCCGGCACAUAAGUGAGGAAAGUUAUAUGGGAAUGUUUUAUCUUCCACUUAAUGUGUGAUGCAAGGAGGUGCUAUAUUUGUGUUGGUAUCACCAUGCAUUGAGGCCUGAACCAGUAUAUCAUUUCUUGCUCUUGCCCUACCAAGACACGUAGAUACACAAGUGUCUGGAUAACUGCACUUGAUGAGUUCGUUUCUACGAUUUUGUCGCUAUCCCUCCCACGACCUACUCUUUCCAAACCUCCUUUCCAUUUCGUUUCUGUACAUGUUUGAUAGUUCAGAUAGCUGGAGAUGGUGAUCAGAAAGCUUCUAGCAGAGGAAAAGCCAGGGGAAAGUGUAUCUAUAUAGCUAGGAAGAAAGCCCCUAAUAGAGUGGCUGAACAAAAGGGUGGGGGCGGUCUUGCAGUUGGUUGUUGGAUAUUGGUUUUAUUUGCAUGUUGCUUCCCUUAGUUCUUUGGUGGAUGUUUUUUUGGUUGAAUUAUAUUUGCAGGCUAAAGAUGCUACCUACUGUUUGUACGAAUUAAAAUGCUAUUGUUCUGUGUGCAGUAUUAUUUUUGCUUGUUCUA